GGCAACCGUGUCGCACCCUCAAAAAAUGGCCGCUGCCAAGCACACAAGUCACCGUGUUGCCAUUGAAUAGCAUGCAAUUAAACCUUCUUCAGUGUAUAUGUUUUGUGUUUGUGAGUGAAAAUUAAAAAACGUGUACGGAUACGGAGCUGUGUAUGUGCUUUUAGCAAGUGAAAAAUGAGUGAAAACGUAGAUAAUCGUGUAGAUGAAAAGGCAUGCUAAUUAUGUUAUUCACCUAUACUUAAAUAUGCUAAAAGUUUUAUGUUUGGCUCGUUAUUCUGCUCCAGGGCAGUUUAGGUGUUGGUAUGCUACGUUGGCAAAAAUGAAAAAAAAGAAGCAGACCUCUCAGCCAGGUGGCGACUCGAAGUCAUUUGCAAAGGAGCUUAAUCCAGCCCCUUCGUAUAUUGCCGAAAGGUUGACUCUGUGGAAUAAGUUGAAAGCACAGUAUGAUGCUGAACUGGCCAGCAAACCAGAGAAAUCUAUCAAAGUCACAUUGCCUGAUGACAAAGUUGUUGAAGCUGUUGCGUGGAAGACUACUGCUUAUGAUAUUGCAAAGGGAAUCAGUCAAGGAUUGGCAGACAAUGCAGUAAUAUCCAAAGUGAAUGGAGUACUCUGGGACUUGGACCGGCCAUUAGAGGGAGAUUGUAAGCUUGAGCUAUUGAAAUUUGAUCAUCCUGAUGCUCAGCAGGUGUUUUGGCAUUCUACUGCUCAUGUGUUAGGUGAAGCUUUAGAGCGAAUUUAUGGAGGGUGUCUAUGUUAUGGCCCACCAAUAGAAAAUGGGUUUUACUAUGAUAUCUAUUUGGAUGAUGUUGGGAUUUCUCAGUCAGAUUUCCCAGUGGUUGAAAACCUUAUGAAAAAUAUUUCGAAAGAGAAACAGCCAUUUGAAAGGUUGGAAGUGAAAAAGGAAGAUUUGCUCGAAAUGUUCAAAUAUAACCCAUUCAAAGUGAGGAUUUUAAACGAAAAGGUGGAUACUCCGACAACAACAGUGUACAGAUGUGGACCACUUAUAGAUCUAUGCAGGGGGCCCCAUGUGAGACAUACUGGAAAAGUUAAGGCCCUGAAAGUAACAAAGAGCUCCUCUACCUACUGGGAGGGUAAAGCUGAUGCAGAAACGCUUCAAAGGGUAUAUGGAAUAAGUUUCCCUGACCCAAAACAAUUGAAGGAAUGGCAACAUAUUCAAGAAGAGGCAGCAAAAAGGGAUCAUAGAAAGAUUGGUAAAGAACAAGAAUUAUUCUUCUUCCAUGAACUUUCGCCGGGAUCUUGCUUUUUCCAGCCCAGAGGUGCUCACAUUUAUAAUACUUUGAUAGAUUUUAUUAAAAAGGAAUAUCGGAAGCGCGGCUUUCAAGAGGUCGUCACUCCUAAUAUUUUCAAUGCAAAACUUUGGCAGACUUCAGGUCAUUGGGCUCAUUACUCUGAAAACAUGUUUUCCAUACGUAGUGCACGCUUCACGUGCUUCUCUUUCGGACACAUUACGACGUCAGCGUUAUAUGGAUUUCACUGUAGACUUCUUUCGUUUUUCAGUCUCAUUUUUGACAACCGAGUACGCUCCUGGAGAGAAUUGCCAUUACGUUUAGCAGACUUCGGCGUACUUCAUCGUAAUGAAUUGUCAGGGGCGCUAACAGGAUUGACAAGGGUAAGGAGGUUCCAGCAGGAUGAUGCUCACAUAUUCUGUGCUGCAGAGCAGGUCAAACAAGAGAUGGCAGGCUGCCUGGACUUUUUAAAACGAGUGUAUGGCGUAUUUGGUUUUAAAUUCGAUCUUUGUUUAUCCACCAGACCUGAGAAGUACAUGGGAGAUAUUGCUAUCUGGGAUAGUGCCGAAGAGGUAUGUCAACCAUUAGUUACAGCACUUAAAGAAAGCUUGGACGCGUUCGGACAACCCUGGAGGCUAAACCCUGGUGAUGGUGCAUUCUAUGGCCCAAAAAUCGAUAUUACGAUCCAAGACGCUUUGAAGCGGUCACAUCAAUGUGCUACUAUACAGUUAGAUUUCCAGUUACCAAUCAGAUUCAGUCUGUCUUAUGUCAGUGAAACUGGCGAAAAGAAACGUCCCGUUAUCAUCCAUCGAGCAGUGUAUGGCUCCGUUGAGAGAAUGAUCGCAAUAUUAACGGAAUCAUUCGCUGGAAAAUGGCCAUUCUGGUUAUCUCCGAGACAAGUGAUGAUUGUCCCAGUGGGGCCAAUGUUUGAUGACUAUGCAGAGCAGGUUAAGCAGAAAUUAUAUGAUGCCGGUUUUAUGGUGGAGGUUGAUACUGACCCUGGAGAUACUAUGAAUAAGAAGAUUAGGAAUGCACAGUUAGCCCAGUUCAACUUCAUUUUAGUGGUUGGAGAGAAGGAGAAGAACGGCAACACAGUCAACGUUAGAACACGAGAUAACAUAGUACAUGGAGAAUGUUCAGUAGACUCUCUCGUUGAAAAACUAAACAGCUUCAAAGAAAACUACACUAAAAGUGAAAAUGAGUUCUAAAAAUCACCAAAUCAUAACUUGAUUAUUUAUUUACGUCCGUUUUUACGUUUCCAGAAGCAUUUAUAUUUAUUUCAGUCAUGUUACUUUUAGCUACAUUUGAAUAAAGCUAAUUGUGAGUAAGGA